AGCGGCGACCACGACCAUUCAACAUGUCAACACUGUAGCCGAUCGGCGUUCCGUUGUUGCGCGCGCGUGCUCUGUUAGAUUCGAUGUUAUAAGACGUAGUCAUUGCGUCCUUACGCCGGUCAUUCGCCGAUAUUGGUAAAUUUUUUUCAUCGCCUCGACGAUUUUCACAACCGUUUCACGAAAGUUCGACGUUUAAAACGGUGAAUAUUGUUGUAUCUGGCCCCCGCUCGUAACGAUUGUGCUAUAUUUAGCAUCGGUGUUGUAUACUUGUAGCCGUUUCGGUUUCGAAAAUAUGUCCGACUCCGACGAUAAUUACGAAUCGGACGAUGAUUCAUGGUGCUAUUCGAUCGGAGCAGCGAGCGAUCUCAGCGAACCCCGAUUGAUUUCGGCGGACGACGACUUCCUAAACCCGUCGCUGUCGACAUCGAGUGGCCGGUCCAGCCCGUCGAGCUCGGUCGGCUCGGCGCUAUCCGUUACCGACGAUGACGACGAAGCCGGAAUGAUGGACAUCGAGGAGGAUGACGACGACACGUCAGACACGUCAACCCCCCUUGACGAUACGGAAUACGAAAUGGACGAUAUUGGCGACGAUGAAAUCAUCGUGUUGAGCGACGGCGACGACAUCAUGGGUACAGUAGCCCAUUCCCAACCACCGACAACGUUUAACGGGCCCAUGUCGACUUUGUCCGCGUCUCACUCGACGACAUCAAAGUGCACGGAGGAAGAAACCGCCGCACGUUCCCAGCCAUCGCCAACGUUUAACAGGCCCAUGUCCAUGUUGUCUACGUUUUCCUCGACGACGUCGACGUGCACGGAGGAUGAAACCGUCACCGCCAGCUGUAGCAGCGAGUCGAAUGGAGAAGACAACUUCUCUUCAUCAUCCAUCAAAAAUUAUCUUCCACCAUGUCUUAGUACCCAUAAACUUUGCUUCGACAAUGGGAUUGAAAUAGACCGAAUUUUGGGGGCUGUCGUCCAUAACACACAACUUUUGUUCCGCGUAAGGUGGAGGAACGACAAGAACGGCGGAACAGACUAUGUUGACGCGUUCGAAAUGCACGAAAGAUGUCCUCAUAUGGCGCUCCAGUUUUAUAAUGAACGUUAUAAAAAUGAAAAUACUGAUAAGACUGAUAAAUAACUAUAUUAACAGACCUAUAAUAAUCUAAUGAGCACUGAUUAAAUAAGUACAUGCCUAAUGUACACAUACUUUUGUAUUUUUUUUAAAAAUUUAUCAUAUUAUAACAUUUGUUAUUUACUCAGCUUAGUUUAAUAAUGUAUUUUGGCGAUGCUCAACUGUUACAUGUUAUUUAUAUAUAUGUUUAGGUCUCCGCAUUAAAUCUUUGGUUUGUGAAUACAUUUACUGAUUGUUGCCAAGGAAAGUGGGUAACCACAUCAUUUAUUUUAUUUUUAUGUAGUGUAUCUGGUUUCCAUGUAUAUUAUUAAUAAUAAAUAUAAUUUAAAUGUU